AUGGGGAACCAUUGUGUUGCUGCCAUAGAGCUUCACAAAGAAGAAAGUGGAAUUUGUAGUGUCAUUUACUACAGAACACAUUUCGGCCAUGAGCACAACAUUGGUUUCCUGCAUCUCAGUAGUUCUGACAGAGAAGCCAUCGCUGGUAAAAUUGCUGAGGGGUCACUUUCCAGAGAAUUCUGGAUGAUGUGCGGGACUCAAUUCAUUCCAGCGGAGUGGAGAGACUGCAUCUGCUUACUUGAUAACAUUAAGAGAGGCUUUACCAUUGGUGAUGAUCAGCAGCAUAACAUUGAUGAAGUUGGUGUUAGUAUGUGGUUGGAGAAAAAGAAAGACUGUGUUCCCCUGUAUAAGAAAGAAAGUGAGGCCAGGGAAGAUUUUGAUAGUACUCACUCGGUGAUAGUGUUAAUGACUGACUAUCAGAAGCACUUAUUACAGAGAUUUGGACAAAAUACUGUAUGUGUAGACUCCACACAUUGUACAAAUGUUCACAAGCUUUUGGUGACCACAUUGUUAGCGGCAGGCGAUUUUGAUUCAGGUAUGCCUGUAGCAUUCUGUGUUUCAAAUCGGGAGACUACAUCCAUAAUGACUUCUUACUUUUGUGCUGUGAAAGAUAGAGCUGGUAUCAUAAAAAUGUCUGUAUUCAUGUCCGACGACACUAAUACUUUCUGUAGUGCUUGGUCAUCAGUCAUGGGACCUGCAGAAAAUAAUCUACUGUGUGCUUGGCACACAGAUCGCAGCUGGCAGACUAAUUUGAAGAAAGUCCAUGGCAAUGAAGAAAAGAAAGCACUUGUGUGCAAAGAUCUUUGUACAUUGCUUGAAGAAGUGGACACAGACAAUUUUAAUGAACUGCUGGAAUCGUUCGUCGGGCAGCUUCAAGCAGAUGAAGGUCAAGAGACUUUGGUGUAUAUUUCUCUUCAAAUUACUUAUUCCAGCCUCAGCAGUGGGCAUACUGUCACUGUUGCAAUCUGGGUAUAA